AUGGCUGUCUUGAAAACAUGCAUUUUCUGUGUCCGUGUUGUCAAGACGGCAUCGAGAAACUGUCACCUAUCGACUACUUCAACACGAGUUCGAUUCGCCCCGAGCCCUACUGGACCCAUGCAUAUUGGCGGACUACGUACAGCCCUUGUCAAUUUUAUGCUCGCUCGGAAGAGCGGGGGUAAAUUCCUCCUACGGAUCGAAGACACUGAUCACUCUGAACGAAAAGACAUCUACCGACAGUAUGCGGAACGUCUUGUCAAGUCUGGACAUGCGUACCCCUGUUUCUGUUCUCCAAGUCGACUAGAAGUGCUCAGAAAAGAACAGCGAAGGCGUGGUGAAACUAUCCGUUAUGAUAACCGCUGCCGCCACCUCUCUAAAGAGGCUGUUCAGCGAGCAAUGCAGGAAAAUUUGCCCUUUGUUCUCCGCUUUAAGCUCUCGCCGACUGCGGUGACCCUGCAUGAUGUCGUUUUUAAGGAUGUCGACUUUCCCCCCUCAGAUUCCGAAGGUGAUUUGGUUAUCAUCAAGUCGGACGGAAUGCCUGUUUACCAUUUUGCUAAUGUUGUUGACGAUCAUUUGAUGGGCAUCACCCACGUAAUACGUGGCUCCGAAUGGAUCACUUCCGUGCCUAAACAUUUGCAACUCUACAAUGCUUUCGGUUGGAGCCCACCGACUUUUGCACACCUACCAUUAAUGCUUUCAAGCUCAGGAAAGAAGUUUUCUAAACGCCUAUCUGCUCCGCUAGACCUGAGCCUCGUUUCGAACCUUCGGCAGGCUGGCUACCUGCCUUCUGCCGUUCUUACUUGGAUCUCCGCUACCGGAGGUCUCUUCGCUUCCCCCUCCGAAUCCGACUCCCUCGGCGGGAAUUCCAUUUCUGAGCGCGGUUCACCCUGUCCCUCUCAGUGGGAGCCUGGAAAACUAAUUGAAGAGUUACUCCCGUCUCUCGGAAGCGAAGGGAACAUCUGUAACCAAGUGCGCUCUUUCCUCAGUUCGGCGCUCGCCUUACCAUCGAAUGCGUCCAUGUGUACUCUGCUGAAGGAGGACAAGGGACUGCUACAAACGCUCAGUCGUUUGCGAGGCCGCGUCUCCUGCCUGUCGGAUCUCAGUAGCGAAUUUAAGUUCCUCUGGAUUAGGCCAACCGCGGACUCCAUACUCGCCGUCUGUCCCUCCCUCCGUGCUCAAAGAAGUAACACUGAGAAGUGGUCCUCCUUCACUCGAUCAGCGCUUGAAUUUGUUGCUGCCCUAGAAGCCAUGACAGGUCAUGAUGACGUCAACGAGGGCGCUGUGACCGCAAUGCUUGCUAGCACAUUUGACCGGCGAGUUUUAUCAACGGCGUUAAUCAUGAAGAUCUUGCGAUCUUGCCUGACAGGCUCUGAGGUAGGCUGUUUUACUGCAUGA